AUGCUCCAUGUAGCCACGGCGCUUCUGGCCUUUGUGGCCGUUUCCGGUGCCCGGCCCAGCCUGGAGUGGGGAUGGCUGUCCCGGCGCAAGAAGUUAUCUCCGGAAGAGAAGCUGGAAGAGUGGCGGAUGAAGGAUGGCGGCCGCUUUAGCGGUCGCUGCUCCUUCUGGGGAGCUUUGUGGGGGACUGAAGGUUCUGCGUUUGAUGAUCCAGAUGGUGAAUGCUCUUGUCGAGUUGGUCAGAAUGAAGGUGAAUUGUCAAGAGAGUUCAUGCUUCCGCUUACUAGAGGGGAGGUCUCGUUUUCUCCCGCUGCGCUACUGGAAAGUUAUCCAGAUGCGCAGCUCUGGGCUGUGAAUUGCUCAUGCGUGUCCGACUCGUCACCUGAAACGCCUGAAAUAUUGCCACGGCCCGAAGACGCAGAUCUGAUCCGCGUUGCAGCUGUUGACUUUUGUGCUGCCUUUCUCAAGAACUUUGACGACAUGUUUGAUAGGUCGAGGCAUGGUAUAGUCUUUAAAGAUCGGAGCACGGCCAGGCUCCAGGCCAUUGAAGGGUUGGACGCCAGCAAAUGUGCGGAAUCCUUGGAGGACGUGGAAAAAGCAAAGAUUGCGAAGGGUAACGGCAGCAUGUACAUCUGGCAGACGGCUUUGAGGCACGUCUGCCACGAAGAGUGCAAGGAGAUUGUGGACGAGAUGAAGCGGCGAAGUCACGAUAUUCUGUUCUUCGCUGGAGACUGGCGGCAAGCCUCCUACAGCGAUGCUUGCAGCCUCUUCGUGGUGCGAAAGGUCGAGUCCCACAUCCUAGGCUGCUGCGGAGACAGCUGUGGCUGGGAUGGGGCGAAGUGUACUUCGGCAAGAUGUCAGGCUCUGCACUCCCAAAGUUUCGGCAACGCUUCUUCCGCUGUGGCACUACGAUAA